AUGCUUCCUUGUCGGAAGUACAUGCAUCUCCUCAAAGGAGCCGCUUUGUUGUCAAACAUUCCUCUAGUAACAUCACAAGCGCCUACACCAUCUUCAACACAGCCAUCAAUCAUCGAACAACCGAUCUUCCGUCCAACCCGUGAAGACGUCUUGAUUCCAGGCGGCACGUUUAAGAUCGAAUGGACACCAGACAAACACUUCGAGAACGUGACUCUAGAACUAUGGGAUAAAACAUCAUGGGGAUAUUCUCGAGACUUUGGAUCCCUGUGCUAUCACUGGGUGAAUCCUUUCUGUGGCACUAUUGCAUCCCACGCACCGAACAACGGCUCCUUCGAAUGGCAGAUACCGAAGCCAGGUAGCGAUUUCCCGCGGGGUGAGCGCGUGUACUGGAUCAAAAUGUAUGUGGACGACUACAUCAAGCCGGAUAUCGGGAACAAAGAUCCAGUUCUCAGCUACAGCCCGAACUUCAUGUUCAUCCCUGAGAAUGGAGAGAUACCACCACCGGAGCAGCAAACUAUAACAAAUACAAUGUCCUCGCCACCGACAUUAUGGCCCAGUCCUGAGACCGUCUUCGUUACGGUGACUGAUGGAAGUUUCAUCACUGGCGCCCCGCCGGUGGCUUUUACUACCACAUCUUUGUCGUCGAAUGCAAGCCAGACUGCGAGCUUAAAUUCAACGGUACCAACAUCAAGCGAGGGAGCUGCGCCAGGCUGGAAAGUUUCAAUAUCGUGGCUCUUUGUUUUGUCCCUAGGACUAAUUUGA